AUGUCCUCGAGACUCCCAAACCACCCAGAUAGGCGCACCAACGGCUCCACCGACCAUGCCGCCGCCGCCGCCGCCGCCAACCAAGGACCCCGCAUGCCAUCCGCCCAGAGCUUCAAGGCCGACCGCGCCGACUCGCGCAGGCCUCGCUCGCCCCAGCCGGCCUACAUGACCGGCUCCCAGAGCACCGCGCACAAGAGGUCCGCCUCCGGGAACCCCCGGCCCGCCAACAGGAGUGUCGACGAGCGGAGGACGGAGCGCGUCACCGUCACCACCAGGGAGAAGCUGGUCUCGCGCGCCAAGAGCCCCGAGAGACGCGCCGCCAGAGAUACUGCGCCGCCCGAGAGAUGGAAGGGCAAGGAGUCCGUGAGGCCGCGGACCGCCGACGGGAAGCCCAAGGAGCCCGUAUUCGAGGCCCCUUCGAAACCGUGGGACCCUGUCGCCCACCUGAUACCACACACGACCGCCCCCUUGGCCAGUCGCAUAGCGGUUCCUCCGCCCGCCUCAGAUCUGCCGCCUGCUCUACAGCCACAGCCUCUCUACGAGAUGUCUCUGGAGGCCCAGGAGGCCGCCAUCAUCGAAGACCUGUUGUUUGUUUUCAUGGGAUACGAGGGACAAUAUAUCCGUUUCUCCUUCUCAUAUAAACCCGACGACGAACGCGAUCAACUCACGGGACCCCCCUACAAGAUAUUGCCGGGCCUGGACCCGAGUUUGGAAGACUUGACCCGGUCCAUGUUGAAGAUGGCAACGCACUAUUCUGCACUCGAGUACUUCAUCGAUGUGCAAAGCCGGGAGGAGUUCGGCGCUGUCAACCACGCUCUUUGCGCUGCCAUACGGAAAUAUCUCCAGGAAUACCUCGUCAUGAUCGCUCAAUUAGAAACGCAAUUUCUCACAAACGACACCUUCACCUUACAUGUACUCCACAUCCAUAUCAUGCCUACGAGCCAGAUGUUGUCGCAACUCUACUCCCUAGCCCACGAACUUCUGAAGCGGAAUGCUCUUCUCGAUGAAGAAAGUGAGGAGGACUCAGACCCCGACGACAUCGAUCAGAUCCUGGAGAACCUGAAGCGGGGAGCCGACAUUGUCCCCGGGAACAUGACGGGGAGGAAGAUAUGUAAAGGAGGCGUGGCGAUAGGUCUCAUCUCCAAGCGACUUGAGACCAUGUCCGGUGAUCCUGCGGCGAGAACCCUGUUGACAUCGUUGCUACGUGACGCUACAAGGCCAUACAUGGCCAUGUUAAACGAGUGGUUACAUCGUGGCGGCAUCAACGACCCACACUCCGAGUUCCUCAUCAAGGAACAGAAGAGCAUAAAACGGGAGAUACUCGACAAGGAUUUCACCGACGACUAUUGGGAACGAAGGUACACGCUACGUGAGCACGAUAUACCUCCUCAGUUACUAGCUGUUAAAGACAAAGUCCUGCUGGCUGGGAAGUAUCUGAAUGUCGUCAGGGAGUGUGGAGGUGUCGAUGUUAGCAAGGUCGCCCAAGACCUACCCCUUACAUUCGAUGACCCCCGAUUCCUGGAUAAUGUUAACAACGCAUACGCCUAUGCCAACGAGUCUCUCAUGAAACUACUGUUGACGACGCAUUCACUUCCGGCACGACUGCGCUCCCUGAAGCAUUACUUCUUCCUGGAUCCAUCGGACUACUUCACAUACUUCAUGGAGCUUGGCGCGUCGGAGCUGCGAAAGCCAGUCAAGUCUGUUAACACCGUCAAACUGCAGUCUCUCCUCGACAUUGUUCUGCGCCAGCCUGGAAGUAUUGUAUCCCUGGAUGCCUUCAAGGAGGAUGUGUAUAUAGAGAUGAACGAGGUCAGUCUCAUCAAGAUGUUGCAAAGGGUCGUCAACAUCACAGGCAUGGAGCAAGGCGAAGCACUACAGCCCCUCAGCAAUCAGCCAGUGGAGAACGAUAAGAACGCCAAUGGCUUUACCUCGUUACAGCUAAACUAUACGGUGCCGUUCCCUGUGUCCCUGGUUAUAAGCCGAAAGACAAUAUGGCGGUACCAAGCACUUUUCCGAUACCUUCUCUCGCUGAGACACCUGGAGUCCCAGCUCUCCACGACUUGGCAGCUGCAUCACAGCGGCAUCGUGUGGUCUUACAGGUCUUCGAGUAGGCGCCUAGAGAUAUGGAAACGCCGGGUAUGGACAUUGCGGGCCCGCAUGAUUGUAUUCGUACAGCAACUACUGUACUUCUGCACGCUCGAAGUCAUCGAGCCAAACUGGCAGUCUCUCAUGUCGAGGUUAAAGUCCAAAGACGGAAGCUCGGAUGGGUCUGGAAAGCCAGAUCGGACCGUGGAUGAGCUGAUGCAGGACCACGUGGACUUCCUUGACACUUGCCUAAAGGGUUGCAUGCUUACCAAUGGCAAGCUCAUAAGGAUCCAUUCCAAGCUGAUGCAGACCUGCACCAUCUUCGCAACAUACGCCAACUGGCUGUCACGAGAGUUGGAAAAGACAGACCCAGACCUACUUGGCAACUUCAAGCCCCCCAACAUGAGCGACGAGCAGUGGAAGCGGUUCAAGGCGGCCAAGUCGCAAAAGUCUCACAACGACAGCAUUUCGGGUAACAGCCAACUGCACGACGAAGAGGCGCGGAUCGACAACCUGUUCGAGAUCAUCAAGAAGUGGGAGACCAACUUCAGCCGACAUCUGCAGAUCCUGCUGGAUGCCCUCAACCACUACGCCGCCACCGAGACGGUCGUCUUGCUCAGUCUGUGUGCCCGCCUGGCCACCGCCAACCAGGGCACCGAGUACGCUGGGCUGAGGAACGAGGAGGAUAUCGUGGCGUAG